AUGGCAGGUCUAUGGCGCACGUUUGUUCGCAGUACGGUGGUUUGUAGUCACCGCGUUCCGUAGUUAUCAUAAAUAGCGGGCCGCUUUAUUUCCAAGAAGUGGAACGAGUCAGGGCGAGCCAGCAGAGCAGGCAUGGAGCUAGAUGACAGCAAAGCUCUCUCUGGAGGUGUCCUGCCUGUGGUCAUCAUUGGUAAUGGGCCGUCUGGGAUCUGCUUGUCAUACCUGCUGUCUGGACAUAUUCCUUACGUGUCGCCCGAGGGCACUCACCCAAACGCUAUGCUACAGGCCAAACUGCAGCAGGAGCCCCACUUGUCUUUACUGGAGCAGGACCUGGAGUACCUCUGUGAAGGGCUGGAGGGCCGCUCCUCCAACCAAGUGGCAGUGCUCUUUGACUCACUCCUCAUGCCAGGCAGUGACUUUGGCCUGGAUUGUGCCUCCCCGUUGCUGUGGUGCUAUGAGCCAGAGCGUGCAAUCCCUCACCUAGUCCUGGGCAAGGGUCCCCCUGGCGGAGCUUGGCAUGCGAUGGAGGGAUCCAUGCUCACACUCAGCUUGGCCAACUGGAUGGAGCUCCCAGGACUCAAGCUGAAAGACUGGGUGCGAGAUAAACGCAGGAAUGUACGCAAUGACCGCGCCACUCCAGCAGAGAUUGCCUCCUAUUACCAGCACUAUGUCACCCAGAUGGGGCUACAAAAGAACUUUGUGAACAGCACCACUGUGACUUCUCUGCAUCGCAUCACCUUUAAGGAUGCCAGUCCCUCAGUGUGGGAAGUGCAGGGCCUGCAAAGAAGAGUGGAGGCAGGGGGUGAGGAUAUGGAGCUGCCCUUCACCGUUUGUGCAGAGAAUGUGGUCCUAGCCACAGGUACCCAUGACACCCCAGCAUGGCUGGGGGUGGAGGGCGAGAACCUGCCGUUUGUGUGCCACAGCUUUUGGGACCUGGAAGUGGCCAUUGCAGACGGACGCUUAGACCAUACUUCAGACCCAGUGCUGGUGGUGGGGGCUGGGCUGACAGCAGCAGAUGCAGUCCUAGCUACGCAUCAUCACAACACACCUGUGUACCAUGCCUUCAGGCGCUCUGUGUCGGACCCAGAGCUCAUCUUCAACCAGCUACCCAAAGUACUUUACCCUGAGUACCACAAGGUAUACCAGAUGAUGACCCAGCAGCAGCACUGGCUCGGCGCAAGGGUUGCAGGUUCUGGGACCAAUCUGGUGCCUCGAUCUGACAUGUCUUUGUCCUGCUCUGAUUCAUACCCUGGCUAUGUCAGCUUUCCCAAGCAUUUUGUUGUGGCCUUCAAGCCUGACCACAAGUGUGUGCUGGAGGAUGAAGAAGGUCACCAUACGAUCCUGAACAUCUCCAUGGCGUUGGUUCUGAUUGGCUCCCACCCCAACCUGUCCUUCCUACCAAAGAACGGGCAGUCCUUGGGCCUGCACCCCCAGGAACCCAUCAGCUGCAGGCGCAACCCCAUAGAUGUGGACCCAUACACCUAUGAAUGUGUGCAGGAGCCUAGCCUGUAUGCCAUGGGCCCACUGGUUGGGGAGAACUUUGUACGUUUCCUCAAGGGUGGCGCUCUUGCCAUCGCUGUUGACCUUGCUAGGCGGCAGCGUGCCAGGGAACAGAGUUCCCCACAGCGACUACGGCUUUCAGAUGCCCUGUAUGCUUAAUUCUUACUAGGCCAGAGGUGUGGAAUUGGUCAAAAUCCCAGGCAGGGCUGGGUAAGGAGAAGCUCAAAACACAGAAGCGCAACCUGCUGCCCUCAGCAGGACCAGCAGUGAAGACAUCUAGACCGCAUUGUGUGGGCAUGGUUUCUUGUUGGUGCUAGACUGCUGUGUGCUGUAGAUGGAAGAUCAGACCCAUUGCUCCCGGCCUUCAGUGGCCUUGCGGCUCUUUCAUAAAUGGCUGCUUUUGAGGUGCAGAUCAUUGGGCUCCGGUUGUGGCCGCCUGUGCUAGUUUAUGGCCCCAGCUCAUUAUACCACAGUAUAGUACUUUGAUUCAGGUCUAAAUGGUGGUAUCACUGUAAUUUCAGUUGUAAUCUUUAAAGCCUAAAUAUUGCAUAUUGUGUCAUGCAAAAUGUGAGACUAUAUCUUCUAAAACUUGAAGAGGGAGAAAUGAGUUGACCUACCUGGAAAUCAGUUCUGUACCGCACUCAAUCGGUAUUUAAUCUCAGAACAAUGUCCCGCACAGAGGUGUUUGACUCGGAUUGAUCCAUUAUUUAACAGUAACUGUUUGGCCAGGUCAGGGUCAUACUGGUCUAGAGCUUAUUGUGGAAGCGCAGGGUCCACCCCUAAAGGGAUGCAAAUACAUGGUGUGGCAGUCUUGCACACCUACAUGCUUACAGAAACACUAUGGGCACUUUACACUUGCCAGUUAACCUGAAACCCAUAUCUCUAGAUGAUGGGAGGAACCAAGUGCAAAUAUGGGUAAUAUGGGCAGGCUCAAUGUGCCCUGAGCCAGAUUUAAACCCAUGCCCCAGGAGUCCUGAGGGAUCUGCACUGCCUGCUGCCCUUUCAGGGCUGUUCCUUCAGUAAUGAAAGAGCUGUCUUGUGCAACUAUUUGUUUUUGUGAAGCACUCAGUUAAAAUCCAAUCUGUGCUGGGACUGGGGCUGUGAUCCCUUCAGAAAACUGACAGCAACUGAAAUUGCUACUGGUUCCAGCUCCAGACCCCACUGGUUGAAGUAGCUUCCUCAUUUCAGUGGCAGGAUCUGCUGUUUUGCAAGAGGCCAGCAGGUCUCAGUACUGUUGCUGGCGGAUGGCUGCAGCUAAGCCUGCAAGUUCUCUCCGGUAAACUGCUUGAUGUACACCAUUUGUAUCUUCUCUUGUCCUUUCUCAGUGAGCGCUUGUCCAGUUUCACAGGUCAUGCGAAAUGAGAACUGACAUUUUCCACCAUAUUAAAACUGAACCCGUUUUGCUAAUCUUCUGUCUGAUUGUUAAUGAAAAGUCACAGAAUAAAUGAAUUAUAUAAAUGUCAAUGCUAAUUACAUUAAGUAUAGCAGUCUCAAUUAGCAUAACUGAAUUCAAUGGAAAAUUGAGUGAAUCCUCAACAUUCUGCAUGUUUGGUUUACACUGUUAAAGCCGUUGUGCAGUUUGAGAUGGCUUUAAAUAUCAUUCUCCGAUUAGUUAUUCUGCAUCCAAGACAAAUUAGCCCAAGUCCUUGACUAAUGCUUCUGUUUCUAGUAAUGUGAAUAGACCAUUCGUUCCAUGAUAGAGGUCAUUACAAGCACAGCUGCCACCAAGCAGAGCUCACACAUGGGGGUUGCCAGCCCUGACCAGCCCCAAGAACUGCUGUCCUUCUCACUGCAGUUUUUCCUGGUAAAACUGAAAACAAGGCAGCAAGACUGAGGGCCAGCAGAUUGCAGCUCAACGGGGUGAGACAACUGAUCAUAAGCUGUACAUACAGGUCCGGUAGCCACUAGCUCACCCCUCUAUGCUUUCCUACUUUUCUUUUUUGUACACAAACCCAUUUGGCAUUACCAUCUUCUCAAUUCCUUUUCAGUAUUUACUAAAUUUUUUUUUAUACUGCCCCUUUUCAUACAUAAAAUGAGGCAUGGCUUAGUUGCUCUGGGUUAAUCUUUGGAGAUUGGUUUUCCAUUUGUCAUACCUGUUGUGUAUAUUUAAAUGUAAUGUGUCAGAUGUAUAAUAAUGGAUGCUGGCGAUGUUGAAAGCAUAGUUUGAGGCAGAAUGAAUAAUGCAGAAGGAGAGCAUCAUUGCCCAAGUACUGAAAUGUCUCUGGCAUACAUCAGUUCUGGAAUGAGAUGUGAUACGGCUGUAUGUUAAAAUUGGCUCUGUGGUGCUUGGGCAUCUCUGAAUAACAUUGUGGAGAGGGUGGGGGGGAUUUUUUUUCCCCUCUCCUGUGUCUCUGUAUAUUUUUUAAAAUGUUUGCUUUUUUGCUUGUAUAUAUGAAAUCUGAGUUUUCUUAUGCUUUAUAUACCCAGACCUUUUCAUAUGAUCAGCUCUGGAUUGUUGAAGUCCUGAUACUGUGUUCAUACACUGAACAGAUAAAAUUACUGUUUUAUGAGCUGCUACCAUAUCUAAAUUACACUUUCUUCAUGAAAACCUCAUUGAAUGCAUUAUACAUUUAUGAGUUGUGUAUAUUUUUAUUAAUACAUUUAAUAAAUGUACUUUUUUGUUUUA